CAAAUACCUUAAAUUGAGUCAUAAUUCAUACAAUGCAUCAAAUCAAAAAUAACUGAUUCAAACCAUCUACUCUUUUAUCCAUUCAGUUACAUUCGUAUAAUAAUUUCAUAUUUUUCUUUGGAUAGGCCAAAAAAAUGCAAUCUCGAAAAAUGUUUAUAAAGGUGUACGGAUUAACGUUAUUACGCUUAGUUACGAUACAAGGCAUCUAUUCUAUAUCAAUAAAAGCCAUGGACAUAAGGUCGGGUGCGGGAACACGAGAGAUGCCACUCUUAAAAGACAAAUACGCUUUCGUACCUAAAGUGACAUUUUUCAGCGACAGUUUUGGUGAGGAGUCAAUGAUGAUUGACGACGAUUUUAAUGGGCGAUUUUUUGAAGAUAUAUCUUCGGAAGACUUCGAAGACGUUCCACGUGAAACUUCGAAAACCUCGGAGACAGCGAAUAGAAAUAUCGAAAACAGAAAUUUUCCCUCCAGGAUCGAUUUAGAUAUCGACGUAAAUAAUAUAUUCAGUGGAGAUUAUAAAAAUGGCAAAAAGCCAACCUCUUACACCCUCAGGCUCCAUAAAAAUUCUAAACUCUACAAGCCUACCCAUAAAACGGGAGGAGUCAUUAAUGGCACAAUGAAAAACAAUGAAUCCAAAGAGGAUAAUUCAUCAUUUUUCACCUAUUUCGUUCGGAGACACAAUGAUUCUGUUUUCAUGAUCAGGACGCCUUUGCGAGACUGCUUUUAUCAAGGCUACCUUUUGUCGCACGAUAAUUCGACCAAUAGGAAGGAGCAUGGAAUCAAAGGAUUGACCGCUAUAUCCAUAUGCCAUGGAUUGGAAGGCAUCCUGCAAUCUUCUUCCGGAAAUUUCGAAUUUAAGCCGAUUAAUAAUAAUCCGCAAGAUGGUGAUAGCUAUCAACGACCACGGGAUCUAUCGCAUAUUUUCGGUAUGCUGGAAUCUAAGCACACGUUGAAUCCCAUCAAAUACAACGACGAUUUUGACCCUAACCACCGUAAGAGAGGAGUCAAUAAAGGGAGCAUUUUCUUCAGGAAUGAACACAAUUACAACAGGAUUACGUCUAACAUCACCCAAAAAGUGUCUCAUUUGUGCGGAGUAGGGCUGGAUCGAGAUUCUAACGGUAAUUUUCAAAUGGACAUGAACGAAAUCGAGGAAUAUAAGAUAGGCGAGAGCCAUUUUAACGCUCAAUUAAUCCCCAGAAAGACCUUCACUAUCAAAACCGCCAUAUUCGUGGAUUCCUUUCUCUACCAACAACUGCAGGAGAAAGGGUUUACCAGGGACGAAGAUAUAUUGCAUUACAUUCUCACCAUAUUUAACGCGGUUCAACUUUUAUACAAUCACAAAUCACUCGGCAUUUCGAUCAAUUUGGUGUUAUCCCAUUUCGAAAUAAUGAAAGAAAAAAGGCCCGAGUUGAUGCACGAACGGGUCACCCAUUUGCUAGAAGCCUUCGGGAAUUUUCAACAACGACUGAAUAAGCCCAAAGUUUGGGAUGUCGCCAUUUUGAUGACGGGAUUGGACGUUUACGCUCUGGCUAAACGAUUGGGAGCCACGAAUAAAGUGACAAUCGCGAAAGCCAUAUUAGGAUACGCUUAUGUGGGUUCAAUGUGCGACUCCAAAUACUCGGUUACCAUAUCAGAAGGUAAGGGUUAUAAACCCGUUUUCACCAUAACUCAUGAAUUGGGUCACACGUUAGGACUGGAACACGAUGGGAAAGACAACGAUUGCGAGGAUUGGAAAUAUAUUAUGGCAUCUAGAUUGGCUCCGGGAAUAUCCACCUGGUCAUCUUGUUCCAAGUUGAGGAUCCAAAAAUUUAUCGAUCAUUUCCGAUGCCUAGACGACGAAGUUACCAAUUACGAAAAUCACAUUAGAGAUCCGGAAAAACACGUGUACCCCGGCCAGAGAGUAACGGUAGACGAGCAAUGCGAGGCGGCUUACGGUAAGGGGUCAAAAUGGCUAUCCGAUCCUAGAUACCCACUGGAGACUGUUUGCCAGUUAGUCAGAUGCACUCCACCACAUGGCACCUAUAUCGUUGUUGAACUAUUGAUACAUCCAGCCUUGGAAGGCACCUUUUGCGGGCAAAAUAAAUGGUGCAGAGGUGGGGAUUGUCUUAAUUAUUCCGGAAACGCGUUGAUAAAUGGAGGCUGGAACCAUUGGAUCAAAGGGGAGUGCACAUCGGAAUCGUCGUGCAUGAAAUCUACUCACUAUGUCGGGUUGAGACGUUGGAAACGGAACUGUUCUAACCCUGUACCUCAAAAUGAGGGUAAAUAUUGUCGCGGCAUGGAAUUUGCCUUCGAAAAAUGUCAAAUCAAAAUCGGACACAAUGUCACCAACUCUACUACCUCAAUGAUUUUGAAUCCUAGCUCAGUCCAUACCGAUGAUGAAACGCCCGACAACAUGUGUUUGCGUCUUAACCAGACCGCCAAAUACGAUUUGGAGGAGUACAUUCAAGAGAGUUGUCUUGUCAGGAAUCUGACAUCGGAAAUUCCACUUAAAGGAUACUACUUCAACGAUUACGAAGUCAACGGUAUUUCGUACACCCCUUUCCUGUACAAAGGCGGGAUGAUCAAAUUUAAAUUGACGUCGGAGGACAGGGAGGGUGUCGUCAAAUUUUCUAAACCCAAUAAUUACAACGAUUAUUACCGAUCUUACGUGACAAAACUGGGCAACAAAGAUAAAUUCAAAAAUAUUUGGAGCAUCGGUAACGAUAUAGACGAUAUUCGAAACGCGAACACGCUUAAAGGGUCUGCCUCACGCGCGAGAAACGCUAAUUCGGAUGGCGCCAAAAACGCUGAAGAUAUAUUAUACGAUGAUCAAAAAGUCUUUAAAAUUUCGCCUUGCACGUAUCAUUGCUACAACACGACAAAUGACCAAAUCGAAAGUUACACUUUACCCGAUGGCACACUGUGCCAAAAUGGGACAUCCUCAUUGGAUAAUGGAUCGAACGCGCGAAAAUAUUGUGUCGGGGGAGAAUGUCUUCUAUUGGAGGCGAUUGACGGUGCUUGGGGUCCAUUUAAACUGGAAAAAAGCUGCGAAAAUACGGAGUGCAUAGUUAACAGCGUAAACCUGAAGACCUUCAAACGGGCUUGCGAUAACCCAUCCCCAAUUAACGGCGGGAAAAUUUGCAAAGGCGGAAAUUUGCUCUAUCAGAUAUGCGAAAAAAAGGUUUGUCUCAAUCGCAAGAAGACUCCCAGGGAAUACGCUUCGAAUUUGUGUCACUUGAUCUCCAAGCUCCCCACGUAUGCAUUUUUAACUGGAGAGGGCUUGCAGUUUUCACACAUAAAUCAUAGACUUAGGUGCGCUAUAUGGUGUCGAACCAGGAGUGGAGGAAUGAUAUCCCCGUCUAGUUUAUAUUUCCCAGACGGAACAAAUUGCCGCCGAAAGUACGAGACAGGCAAAUCGAUGUUUUGUCUUCGGCGUACUUGUGUGGAGUUCAAAAAAAAUGGGAAACCUUUCGCGACAUAAUUCGUAUGAUGAUUUGUUUUUUAAAGUUUUUUUAAAGUUUUUUUUAGAGGAUUUUAAAAAAAACUGAAAAAAAAUACGAUGAAGCUUGGAGUUAUUAUACGUG